UUGUUGGCGUGUCCACUAAAAAUGUCCAUUUUAUAUUUAAUUUUUUUUAAUCACGCGUAUUACAACGAUUUUUUUAAAUUUUCUGUUUACAAGUUUGUUUAAAAGAAGAAAAGAAGAAACUUGAACGAAAAAGGAGAUAAAAGAAAUUGAAUCUCCUUUCUUUUUUUUUUUAAAUGGACCAACAAAAAUGCGCGAGUGAUUUGGUGAUGAUUUUGUGGAUUGCUACUUGAUCUGUCAUCAAAAAACUGGCACGAAAAAAAAAACAUGAACGAGAGGAGACAACCUUCGGGACAUCCGGAUGUUUCGACUCGCAAUGUCCUUUUCUUUAUGGUCCUGAUUGCUUCCGUUUUGGUACAGAGUCAUCAACAACAAUCACGUCCAGUUUUAGAUGCAAGACAAUCGUGGAUCCAAAUUCCGUUUUAUCCAACGAAUUCCGUGUAUGGACUGCGACAACAACAGCAACAACAACAACAACAGCAGCAGCAACAAGUGGCUCCCAUUUCCGGUAACGGAGCAUCGUCGCCGUUGUCGUCUUUAUCAUUGUUUCGUGAGAACAAUGUCAGGGUUCCGUCGCAGGCCGAAGUAAUCAGCCAUGAAGAGAAUGAUGAGGUGGAAUAUGUCGAUGAAGAUUACGAGGGUGAUCUUGAAUCAGAACAGGAUCCCAGAAGCUCUCGAGUUCAUCACGACUAUGAGAAUACACCCGUGAAACAAGUAUUAAAUCACACCGCUCAUCUUCAAGCUGGCAAUAAAAAUAUUAACGGCAAAAAUAAUUCCUCUCAUCAGGCCAAUCAACACGAAGAUCCCGCUUCAACUCAAUACGACUCCUAUUAUUAUUACGAUGAUUAUGAAAAUGAUACACAUUCUGCCGAUGUCAGUGUGGAUUAUCCCGAUCCUUCGGCAAUCGAGGAGAAACUUCCAUUGCAAGGAGCAGAAAAACACAAUUUAGAAUCAAAUAAAAACGAUUCAAUGGCCAUAAAUGUAGAAAUAAAAUCAGUUUUCAAAAAUGAAUCCAAAUCAGAAGACAAAAAAUCAAAAUUCUCUUCUGAAAUUUCAAAAUCUAAUUCUUCUUCCGAGAUUUUGUUACCGCAAAAAGAAAAAGAAUUAGAAAUAGAUGAUGAUUUUUCAGAAACUGAUUCACAUUCACAAAAUGAUAAAAAUGUGGAAACAAAAGAAUCAGAGGAAAUUGUAACUAAACCACCCGCUGAAGAAUCAUCAUCAAAAUCGAUUUUAAUUGGAGAAGCAGUCGUUUCUGUGGUGACAACAAAAAGUGUCGUAAAUGGUACAUUUUCAGUGCCAGUAACUUCAUCGCCAUUGACAACGGAGCAAAUUUCUGCACCACCCACAUCGCCCAGCUCAAUAUUGUCCUCAACUGAAAUCACUUCAAAAUCAAUUGACGACACAAGUCAAAUUGUCGUCACAACUGAAGAUUCAUCGCGAAUUCUCGCCUCAGUUCAAACUAGUCGUAGUAUUUCGGGUGCUCGAUUUUUACCAUUCCCCGUUAUUGAUCGUGUCGAACAAUUUGAUCAAAGCAAAGAGGAAAUGGUGACAAGUAAAAAAAUUCACACAUCAUCCGAAUCAACCGAGAGUAUUAUCGAUAAACUCGAUAGGGUUCAAUCUGAAUUGUCAAAUGGUUUUCUCGCCGGUGGUUUUCGAAAUGCUGGCAAUACAUUGCAAAUGGAUGAACCACCAGCCGAUAGUGAGACACCAACAAAUCAGAAACGAUAUUCAACGAUAAAACCACCGGGAAAAUUUGUUCCACGACGAUAUAGUGAUAAGAGAUUUUCAACGACGACAAGUGUGACAACACCUUCAACUACUGUCAGUACAACAACUACGAUUAAAUCAACUACUUCGAAGGCGAGUACCUCGAGGUUUAAAUAUCAAACAACUCUCGAUGAUUUAGAGGGAUUGUUACCGAAAAAUUAUCCAAAAAGCAGUCUCAGAAGACAAUUUCCAAAGAGUACUGCUACCACAGUUGCCGUUACUGAAGCGACAACAUCGCGAAGUACAACUACUUCGAAGAGUGCCACAAUUCUUGAAGAUAUUAGCGCCUUCUUACCACCAGGUUACAAGCCGAAGAAAGAAGACAACGUCACGGAAAAAUCGCUAAUAGAAAAAAUUUUCAGCAAUUCUCACAAAAUAAAUCUCACUGAAUCGUUAAAAAAUUCCUCAUUUGAAAAAAAUACUGAGAAUGAUAAAUCAAUUUCUUCUUCCUCGAUUCAAAAUUUAUUCGCCAAAUCGGAAGUAGAUAUUUCAGCUUAUUUACCACGUGAUUUUAAGGAACAAAAAAAUUCCACCGAUGACAGCAAUAAAAAACCAAUUCAAGACUUAUUUGCAAAAUCGGCUGUCGAUGUGUCGGCAUUUUUACCCAAAGAUUAUAAUAAUAAGGUAAAAGGACAAAAUUCGACAAAAACGACAAAUAAUAAUAAUAAUAAUAAAUCGAUUCAAGAUAUAUUUUCGAAAUCAGAAGUAAAUAUUGCUGCUUUCUUGCCAAAAGACUUUAAUUUGAAGAAAAAGAAUGGAACUGAUAAAGAUGGAGAUGAAAAGACUGUAAUUUCUAAUGUCACGCCAAUUUCAACGACAAUGAAGACUGGAGGAAUAAAACUCGUUUUUCCAAGUAGACCGGGAGGUAGGAAACCAAGUGCCAAAAUUACAACACCACAAACACCGCGAGGCGAAGGUCCCGCUGCUGCACAACCGAAAAUUCAAAAGGGCUGGCCCAUCAGAGCAACGACUGAAUUCACUGGAUGGCCAACAUCAUCAACAACUCCAAUUUCAAUUGAAAAAUUAUUGGAGGCAGCUCGCACUGCAACUGUUUCAUCUUUCAAUAUAUCUCAGUUUCCCACAAUUAGCGAAGUCUCGAGUACAUCAACGACAACCACAACAACAACAACGACUCCAAAACCAACGACCCCGGGUAUUUGUGAUGAUGAGUGUGAGGUUGCGGGUACUAUUCGUAUAAUUGACAAUGCCACUUGGGUUCCCGAGUUGCUUGAUCGAAAUACACGAGAAUGGCAGGAUCUUGCAAACAAGGUCGAACGAGAGAUGAAUUUUGUUUUUGCAAAAUCUGCCGUUUUUAAAAAAUGGUUCAAGAACAUAAGAAUCGACGCAUUCAGCCAGGGGAGCAUUCUCGUCGAUUAUUUCGUGGAAUUAAAUAAUCUUCACGAAGGUGUUAAUACUCAACAAUUAAAAGUGAUAUUUCAUGAUUCAUUGAGAACCUAUAAUAAUCGAUUUAAUGAGACAAAAACGAAGGGUCCAUUGAAAAUGGGAAUGUUUACCAUUGAUCCAAAGUUUACUGAUUUUGUUGUGAUACCGAGGAUAAUGACUCCACAUUCGUCGGAACAUGAAGAAAAAUUGAUUCCUCAAUGGGCAAUCGCUGUCAUAGUCAUUGGAAUUGGAGGAUUAUUAUUUAUAAUCAUUUUUGGAGUCUCUGUGUUGGCAAAUCGACAUAGCGUACCAAAAUUGAAGCCACCAGUGAUGGCGAUAUUCGAUGAGGAGACGACGAAAAAUGUAAUUCAAGCGUCUCACGCUCCACCGAUGCAAAGAUCGAGCGAUUAUCACAAAGCGGACAUUCACACAAUGUGGAAUGACCCGGGCACUGCUUGGAAUGAUAAAUCCUUCGAGUCAAAUUCAAACAAGAUUUUAGUUGAUGGUUCCAUGAUGGAGAGUAAAAAAUACAAUAUGUACGAUAGUUGGCGAUCAGAAUGGAAUGGAUAUUAUUAUAAUCCAUCACAUUCAAGCAGUAAAUAUGGAGGAUACGAUAGCAGCGUUAAUUUAUCUCGUCAUCAUCAUCCGGAUUAUGAUACAAAUUUUUAAAAAUUUGAUAAAUAAAGAAAAGUGAAAAAGAAAUUCUUCUUGUGAUUCUGUACUUGGGAUUAAUUUUUCAUUGUUAAUCAUUUUUUUUUUUCUUCGAAAUUCAGUUUUAAAUUAUUAAUCUCUGGUCUUUUGUUAAUGUUGACUAGUCUAAAUUAAGUUAUUAAAUAAAUUCGAAUAAGUUGAUAA